UGCUAGUAUAAGAAAGCAAAGGAGCCCAGUAGGGCGGGUCAUUGUUACUUGUGGCGUCUAACAAGACUGUAGCAGCCAUGAGAUCGCGCUUCUUACUGAUAGUACUGUGUGGAAGUGUCCUGGCACAGUAUGAUGACGAUGAUUUUGGAAGUGCCUUGCCACAAAGAGUCAUCAUCCCUGGAGCUGUUCCUGCUGGCCGACCCCAGGUCCGUCCUCGGAUUCAAGGGGCACAAGGACGAGUCCUACAAAGUCCUAGGGGAUCUGGGGCAGUACCAGUGUUGAGAGUACAUCGUCCUGGUGCACCAGGACGAGGCGAAAAGCCACAGCAACAAGGAUAUCCAUCUACUCUGAGUGCUGGAGAACCGCAAAUAUUAAGAAGCACUCCAAAUCCAUUAGGACCCACCCCAUCCUUACCUGCCAUUCUUGCUCAAGCACGUCCACUUCCACACGCGAGUACAAUACUUCCUCGCCCCAUACAAGAAGAGCCAUUUGAAGAUGAAACAGAAACAGAUCUGGAUUCUGAGACACAAGCUCUUUCAAUCCCAAGUUCAACUUCUCUCCCAGCUAGUCUGUCUACACGUCCACAGAGUCUACAGCCUGCAGCAUUCCGUCCAACAAGACCUGCAUUCAAGCCUGAAAGGCCAUUAGUGCCACAUGUAUCUCCUUCUAUAGAAGAUAUACAAGUUCCUAGUCGCCAGCAAUUCAGGCAAUCAGCUGAUGACCUUCCAGUACCUACACGCCAGCAGUUCCAUCAACCUACUGAAGACAAUAUAGCGACACGCCAGCAGUUACGCCAACAGCCUAGGCCAGUACCUACUGAGCCCCAGUACACAAAGACAUCCCCUCAAGAGUACAAUACAAGGCAACAGCAGAUCACAAGACAACCGCCCCCUCAGCAACAAUUCAGCAAGCCACAACGUGGAAAGAAACCAGUAGCUCAGGUUAUCAGUCGUUACCGUGAAGAUAAUGAAGAUGGCAGCAUUACAUGGGGUUAUGAAAAUGAUGACGGAAGUUUCAAGGAGGAAACCAUUGGUGUCGACUGUGUCGUACGAGGCAAAUACGGUUACACGGACCCAGACGGCCUGCGUAGACAGUACACAUACAGCAGUGGAAUACCUUGUGAUAAAGAAGAAGAAAACAGAAAGAAAGAGAGUACCGAAGGUUUUGAAGACUAUCAAAACAACAAAUAUGUACUUCCAAAUGGUGAUGCUAUUGAUCUGGAAUCUGCUGUAAGAAACAAAGCAAGAAAACCAGUUACUCAAUACAGAAACUGAUGUAUUUGUACAAUCAACUUAAAACUGUAGUGUAAAUUACAGAUGAUGUGAAAUGAAAGCAGACACAGACCAAUAUACAGCAGUAUAAUACAGCUUAGAAACAAAA